AUGGACUCAUCCAGCCCGCUCCUCUCCUCCUUUUCUGCUGCCUCAGGGCCUGUACCCUCGCCGUUCGUCCCUUGCACCGAGGACUCGGCGCACACGCGGAGAGUCGGACGCCACCCGGCGCUCUUUCAACGCACCCUCGACGCUGUUAGCUACCGCUACCUCACUGCGUCCUCUCGACUGACUCGCACGGUUGUGUCCAGCAGAAGCAACAGUGAUACGGGCUCUGUGGCGUUGCCUGCAACAGCCACGGCCAAGGCUGCACACGCAGCCUACGUGGCGACGCUCACAGCGAACUAUCAGGAGCUGUGGCAGCAACGCGGGGCAGUCCCGAAGGCGGCACGACGAGAAUGGUUUGAAACAGUUUUGGUGCAUCUCAAGGCCUUAAAUGCGCUGGGAGCUGCUCUUGCUUGGCUGACGGACGUACCCACAGAAGUCGUCGGUGCGGCAACCGCAGCCGCACCAGAUGGGGCGAUAGAUGUUGAUAUGAUCACCACCGGCUGUACCGGCUCCAUCAGCUCCGUCGCGUCUGGUGCGCUCUUCGAUCGUGAUGGUGAACAGAGAGAGCAGCGGAAGCCGAAGAAAGCCGCCCACGACCCACUCCCUCUGUGGUACCUCUGGCAGGAUGCUCAGCGUCACCUGCACCACAUGACCCUGCGUCUGCGACCAUGGACCCCUGCUGCCGGUGGUGCGCACGGGACGCGCGAGGCGAUGCGGAUGUCUGAUCUGGUGCACAUGGACAGCUCCGCCUUCGCCUGGCGGGUGCGCCAGUGGUGUCACAUAGCCGCGCUUUUCCACUGCGCAGAUACGGAGAUGGCGCUGAUGACGGCGGCAUCAUCACCGGCGACGACUCCCGAGAGGAUUCAUCCUGGCAUGAUUGUGGAUGUUGUGCGCCACGUGAGCCCGGUUGCGAAUAGCUCAAUCUCACCCGCAUCGCCGCUUCCUGGAUCACUUCUGGCGGAAGAGCCGGAGGUGGCGCACAUGCUGCUGCUCUGCCUCCGCCCCACCCCCGCGAACGCUGCCGGGGACAUUCUGACCCGCCAGCACGUCGCCGGGGCUUUAGUGUACCGCAUGCUGCUUGAAGUGACGCUUGGUCGCCUUCGUGCGCUGCCACGGUGCAUCUUCACGUGGCGCCUCUUGCGAGAUGUCGUCUGUGACCAUCUCAUCGCUUCGGCGCCAGGUUUCCUUGAUAUCAACAAGGCGCAAAAGGCGGUCCUGCUGGUCAUAACAGCCUAUGUGGAAGUGGUGAUCAUCCCGUACCUUCAACACCGUGACUGCCACCUCGAAAGUCUGCGGCACACCGCAACUCAGGUGCACGCCCAGUUCACGCGCCUUGCUUCUGCCAAACUCGAGCAGCUCCGUGCAGCCGUCUCGAGCACCAGUGCGGAGGACGCCGACAAGGCUGGAGCUGUUGCGCAGUCAGAGUCAGAGACGGCAGCCGAGGUAGUGGAUGUCCACGGUGCAGCAGCCGCACCGGCUGCCGUGGGUAGUGCGGAGGACACCAAGGGGGAGCAGGGUUGCCUCCCUGAAGCGCAGCGCCAACGCAUGGCGACAUCAAUGGAGUUCCUCCUCCGUAGCGCGUGCACUGGUGGAGCCCCAGCCUUUGCGAAAACAGAAGUGCAGAUGUUUUCAACCCCGUGCACAGCGAACGAGUCCGAGGCGCAAGGCGCACAGGGCAUUAUUGCCAGUACCAUUCUCGGCAACACGGUCGCUGUAGACAAGGCUAAGCGUGAGGCUGGAGAUGGACAGCAGGGUGACGCGUCAACGGCGCCGUCGGGGAUGUGGGAGGAGGAGCUCUUCUCGAUGCGCCGUGACUUUCACCGAAAGCGCGUGGACGAUAGUGUCCUUCACACCUCUGCGGCGCGAAUUGCUCAGCUGCGGCUCUUCUUGUACCACUACUUCACCCAGAGUCCGACCCGGGCUUUCGACCGCGUCUCCGACACCGCCGCCGCCGCCGCAGAGGCCAGAGACGAAGAUGAAGGUAAAUGA